GGUUGUUUACAGGCACCGAGAGCGGCCUUUCAAUUCCUCCGGUAGCUGUUUAAAGCCAGUAUAGCUCAGUGUUAGGCGAUUACCGACACAGCGGGCUCACGUUAGAACCGCACACAAACUGCUGUUUACGCUCUGCUCCGUCCGCUAAAGCCUCGUGCCACGAAAUUGCCGCAUAAUUAAAGAUGCCGAUGAUACUGCGGUCACGGAGGACCAUCCGCAUGACUCAGGCCCCGGAGAUAGAGUUACCGGAGCCGGACACGGCAAGAAGGUCGACCCUCCUGCAACCGAGACUUACGUACGAGGAGACAGAUGAGUCAGACUCUGAGUCUGUCCACAGCGAAGAGGUGAUGGAGACACUUGAAAGUCCCACCGCAGAGAUGGAGGAGGAGGCUGCUGAUGAGGCACAUCUAACGGAGCUGAAGUAUUGUAGUGUUGUGUUGGACCGUCUCCAGGCUGACGACAAGUCUGUUGGAAAAGAACUUGAGGAGAAAGAAGACAUGAACCGUAAAGGUGAGAAACGUGUCUCCAGAAUCCCUACUUUCCAUAAACGACCCUUCGGCACAAACACGGAGGUUCCUGGUCCCAAAAAAGAUGCUCCCGUCCAUGUUGCUCAACCUUCUGAGAAACCUGGAAGUGUGGAAGCUUCACAGUCCAAACCGCCCGAGGCCAGAGAAACAGCUCUUCCUCUGCCGUCAGUCCGUGUCCCCAAAAUCGGCCUUGAAGCUCCUCCUGUGUUGAGCAGUGCAGAAAAAGCAGCUUCAACAGCUCCAAGUUCCAUACCUACAGCACCCAAGAGCUGGAGUUUGUCUGAGUCAGUUCCUUACCCUCUCAUAACAGCAAGCCCCAGGCCUGCCCUCAGAGCACAGCAAGGCUCAGAGCAAGAGGAGCACGAAAUCUUACAAACUGAAGCUGAUAUAAUACCAGAUGAGCCUGUAAGUCACCUUCCACACGAGGGCUCCCUCAGCCAGAGGCCGCGUGAAGACAAAACAGAGAAGUUUGAUGUUGAAGAUGAAGGCAAGAUUACCCUCCCUGCCUCUGACGAGUCUGCAGAGAAAACAGCUGAGGUCUGUGAAGUGGAUGCUAUUAUGGAUGAAGAACCACCGUGGGAGACAGAACCGAUGACUGCAGCCGCAUUAAAGGACAGUGGAUCUUCCUCAGAUGCUGAAUCUGUGGAUAAGGAUUUGGCAGGUGAAAAACCUGAGAGUCAUGAUUCAGGUGAUGUGAAGAAGCAUCAAGAACCACUGAUAAUCCACUCAGAGGUUCCAAGUCUUGCAGAGAAAAGAGCAGAUACUGAUGAAUCCAGUUCUCCUGGAGCAUCAGACAAGCCUGCUGAAGCGACAUCAAGCAAGUCGACUAAGAGGUCAGAAUGUUCCAGUUUUGCCCUCUUCUGCCUCCUGCCCACCACCUUGCUGCUUCUUGGAGGAUUUGGUCAGCACGUUUGGCACUAUGGGCUUCCCAUGUCUAUGGCUCAGCUCAUGGCUCAGCUGGAGCUGAACUGGCUGGAGGGCUUUGGUUUAAUUCCAGAGCCAUGUAGCACUGACUGUCGAGUGCAGCUGGUGGAAAGCAUUCCUGCCGGCCUCUAUGAGUCCUCUCCUUUAUCAGGAUGGAGCAUCGCAAACAGCUGGCUGCAUCUGCUGAACGAGGCCAACAGCUCAGUCCACAUCGCUGCUUUCUACUUCACACUGCGGGACAGCGAUCUGCAGUUGGAUGAAUCCUCCGACUCUGAGGGAAGAAAAGUCUUUGAAAAACUUAAGGAACUUGAAUCCAAAGGUAUAAAUCUCCAGAUUGCUGUCAACGCCCCCCAGACCUCUACGCAAGACACUGCAGAACUGGCUGCAACAGGUGCUGAGGUCAGAGAGGUGGACCUGAAGGCUGUAACUGGAGGAAUCAUCCACACCAAGCUGUGGGUGGUCGACCAGAAGCACUUCUACCUGGGUAGUGCCAACAUGGACUGGCGCUCUCUAAGUGAGGUGAAGGAGGUGGGUCUGCUAGUGCAGAACUGCAGCUGCUUGGCUCAGGAUGUCCAUCGGAUCUUUGGUGUUUACUGGAGUGUGGGCGGUUUGAACAACGGUUCUCUACCACCGUACUGGCCUGCUCGACUCACUGCUCUGUCCAGUGCUGAAAAUCCUUUACAUCUGAAGUUCAAUGGAGUCCCUGCUCAGGUCUACCUGUCUAGUGCCCCUCCACAAAUCUCAGCCCGAGGCCGCUCUGAUGAUCUUUCCACGAUCUUAUCCAUCAUCAGUGAUGCCCAGAAGUUCAUUUACAUCUCUGUCAUGGACUACCUUCCUCUGUCUCAGUUCACACAGCCAAUCAGGUUCUGGCCCACCAUUGACUCAAACCUCCGAGCUGCAGCCUGCACCAGAGGAGUUGAGGUCAAACUGAUGGUGAGCUGCUGGAAACACUCACCUGCUGCCAUGUUCACCUUCCUGCAGUCCCUGCUGGUGCUCAGCAGGCCUCCUCUGAAGUGCAACAUUGAAGUGAAAAUCUUCACGGUGCCUUCAACAGCAGAGCAGAUGAAGAUCCCUUUUGCACGAGUCAAUCAUGCCAAGUACAUGGUGACAGACAGAGUGGUCUAUAUAGGAACGUCCAACUGGUCAGAGAACUACUUCACCAACACUGCUGGUGUGGGUUUGGUGGUGAACCAGACGGACUCUGUGGUGGAAAAAGGCCAGCAGACUCUGCAGAGGCAAGCAGAGGAUCUGUUCCUCAGAGACUGGAGGUCCUCAUACUCCAGCUGGCUUUCUGUGGACGAUGUGGACGUCUGUCCUCUCAGCCCACACUGACGGUUUGUGGAUCAUUAAAGUGCUUUGCAUCGCUGAUGGGCUUCUUGCUUUCUCCUGCUACUUGAACUUAUUCUUAUCUAAAUGGGAUCAGCUCACUGUGACUGAUCAGUUUAUUUUAUUGCUGUUCACCGGCUGUCUGCCUUUUUCUGUAUAUAAUUGCAUUUUUGAAUUUGAUUUUGAAACCUGUUAUUUUUAUACUCUUUGAUGUUCUGACUCUUUUCUCACAAACUGAGCUGCAAGGCUUUGUACAAUUUCUUUUAUGCCUGGAGCAUUUUGCAUAUCUGCCCUUAAAGUGUUGGUGCCAAGCUUUAACAGUCUCCUGCAGGAAAUCAAACAUUUCCAAAGAGGUGCAGACACCAGCGCCGUGUUAUAUUGAUAAAGAUAGAUAAAGUUCUUUAUUUCUCCCCACUCCAGGGGAAAUUUACAUUGU